AAGUGUACUUUCAUCGUUCUUCUUGAUUCUCAUUCUCUCAAUUUAUCCGCAGAUUCCAUACUGGUCAGUCAGUUUGGAGCUCAGCAAACUUGUUAUCAAUAAACCAACAAUGAACUCCACCCACUAUUAAUUCUCAAUUCUUUUCUCUUUUGGAUAAUCUGUUCUAAUACCAUUUCAUUGGUGUCUUCAAGGUGUUCUACGUAAUUCCCCAAUCAUUUUUAUGAUUUGAGUGACAUUAUGACGCUGAUGAUUCAUCAGUUGCAAACUUCACAUAUAUGGACGUCACCUCGGGUUUCUCAUUUCAACAAAUCUUGUUCUUCGUCUACCAAGAGGAAUUUGGUUCCGAUUUGCUGUUGGUCAGUGAUGCGUCCAACUGUUCGUGCUUGCUCGUUUUUUAGGCAAGAUGAAGGAAAGUGGAAAGUCAGAUCACAAGAAACAUGCAAUAAGAAUAAUAAGCCUGCAUCUUUACAUGUUUCAAGAGCGGCAUCUCUUAAGAUGAAUUUAGAAAAUGCGCAGGUUGAGAAGAUUGUACCUGGAAUUCAUACUGAUCCCAAAAGAGCGCUGCUUUUGUGGACAUCUCUGAAGGACCGCCAGGGUGAACUUCUUGUAGGAUCUAUGUUGUCAUAUAUCCUACUCAAAUUAGCACAGUUAAAUUUUGUCAAGACAUUUAUGAAGAUGGUACAUAGCUUACAUCCGCAUGUGCUUCAAGCUUUUGAGGCUAAUACCUCACCUUUCGCUUGUAUAUCUAAUUCGAAACCUGUUCCUCUUGGACUGGAUGUCUCCUUGCCAUCAUUUCAAGAUAUUAAAUGGAAUUUUGGACGAUUAGCGUAUUUAUUCAACAUGCACCUGGAAAGAAAUAUUGGCACGUUCUUAAUAGUCCUCCUUGUGGCAUGUUUCUCUUUUGUCCUCAUCGGAGGUUUCUUAUUCUUCAAAUUCAGGAAUCAGUCUCAGUCACUUGAGGAAUGCAUGUGGGAAGCUUGGGCAUGCCUUUGUUCAUCAUCUACGCACUUAAGACAAAGAACACGUCUAGAACGUGUUCUUGGUUUCAUACUUGCUAUAUGGGGCAUUUUAUUUUAUUCUCGCUUACUGAGUACAAUGACGGAAGAAUUCAGGAGUAAUAUGCAAAGGCUCAGAGAAGGAGCUCAAGUUCAAGUUAUGGAACAAGAUCAUAUUAUUAUUUGUGGAAUAAAUAGUCACUUGAAUUUUAUAGUAAAGCAGUUAAAUAAGCAUCAUGAGUUCGCGGUUCGCUUAGGUACUGCCAAAUCUAGGAGGCAAAGAAUACUUCUCUUAUCUGAUCUUCCAAGGAAGCAGAUGGAUAAGAUUGCGGAUAGUGUAGCUAAAGAUCUAAACCAUAUAGAUAUCCUUACAAAGAGUUGUAGCCUAAGUUUGACGAAAUCCUUUCAAAGAGCAGCGGCUGAGAAGGCACGCUCAGUCAUAAUAUUGCCAACAAAAGGAGAUCGGUACCAAGUUGACACAGAUGCAUUUCUUUCCGUGUUAGCUCUUCAGCCACUUUCAAAGAUGGCAUAUGUUCCCACCAUUGUUGAGGUCUCAAAUUCCAGUACAUGCGCGCUUUUGAAAUCAAUUUCAGGGUUAAACGUGCAGCCAGUUGAAAAUGUUGCAUCCAAAUUAUUUGUUCAAUGCUCUCGGCAGAAGGGAUUGAUAAAGAUAUACAGGCACUUACUUAAUUAUCGAAAAAAUGUAUUCAACCUUUGCAGCUUUCCAAGCCUUGCAGGAUUGAAGUAUAGGACUCUUAGGCGUGGAUUUGAUGAGGUAGUUGUCUGUGGGAUCUAUAGAAGCGGGAAUAUAUAUUUCCAUCCUAAGGAUGAUGAAGUAUUGAAGGAAACUGACAAGGUUUUAUUCAUAGCACCUGUUGAUGGUAGGACAAAACCCCAGUUACUUUCUGAAGUAUCCAUAGAAGAAGAUACUACUUCUCAAAUUCAAGAUCUUGAAAAGACAAGCGACUCUUCCAGUCACAUUGCAAAACUGAGAAAAAGGAUUGAGAAUACUGUUCGUCGGCCUCCGAAAUCAAGUUCCAAGGCAUCAGAAGCGAGUGUAGGACCAAAAGAGUGCAUACUUAUGCUAGGCUGGCGACCUGAAGUUAAUGAGAUGAUUCUCGAGUACGAUAAUUAUCUGGGACCUGGCAGCAAACUUGAAAUAUUAUCAGAUGUGCCAAUUAAUGAGAGAACCAAAGUAACCAACUUUUCUGGCAAAGAUAAACUCAAAAACAUUGAAGUCUCUCACAGGAUUGGAAAUCCCAUGAAUUUUGAUGUCCUAACAGAAGCCAUUUUGAAAAUUCAAAAUUCUCUUAAGAAAGCAGAAGGGAUUCCUUUGUCAAUAGUUGUAAUAUCCGAUAGAGAGUGGCUUGUCGGAGAUAUAAGCAGAAAAGACAAGCACGCAGCAUAUUCUCUUCUUCUUGCUGAAAACAUUUGCAAUGCACAUGGUGUUAAGGUGGCACACCUGGUUGCCGAAAUUGUAGACACGAAGUUGGGCAAACAGAUUACAAGAAUGAAACCAUCUCUGACAUACAUUGCAGCAGAGGAAAUAAUGAGCCUUGUAACAGCUCAAGUGUCAGAGAAUGGCGAACUUAAUGAAGUCUGGAAAGACAUUCUUAAUGCAGAAGGAGAUGAAAUAUAUGUCAAGGAUAUUAAUCUCUAUAUGAAAGAAGGGGAAAAUCCAUCAUUUUCCGAACUCUCUGAAAGGGCAAAUUUGCGGCGAGAAGUUGCCAUUGGUUAUGUAAAACACAACAAGAAGGUUAUAAAUCCAAAUCCCAAAUCUCAGCCACUUUCCCUGGAGACGACGGACUCAUUAAUCGUAAUCGCUGAGCUUGAAAUGGAACCCCCAUACAAUGUAAAUAAAAUGUAAAAUCUUCAUACGAUGGUUGAAUAUUGAUUUAGCCUCUGUUUUUUCAUGAUUGCUACAGGGGUUACCAAAUUCGAUGGGACGCACAACUGGGUCCACUGGAUUGGUAGCCCUGUGGAAUUUCAUAACCCUCAGUAGCAGCCUUGUAUUUUUUUUUCAGUGGCCCGUUCUUACAGCUUGGUGCUGUGCUUGUAUUCCAUUACUAUUCAUUAUUUUAACAUUUUUGUUUUCCUUCAGUGAAAUAUGUAAAUCAAUCCUCUUCCUGUUUCUGAUUGC